CGUCGCCGGCGUGCUGCGUCAGUUCCGCUUGUAUCCCCAGGACAGUGGAGAGGCUGGGACGUGCGCUGCCGAAAUGACGACGUUACGCGCGUUUUGUUGUGAUGACCUCUUUCGCUUCAACAACAUAAAUUUGGAUCCACUAACGGAAACCUAUGGAAUACCCUUCUACCUACAGUAUCUGGCUCAUUGGCCGGAAUAUUUCAUUGUUGCAGAGGCGCCUGGAGGAGAGUUAAUGGGAUACAUUAUGGGGAAAGCUGAAGGAUCAGUGGCAAGAGAGGAAUGGCAUGGACAUGUAACAGCCUUAUCUGUAGCCCCAGAGUUUAGACGCUUGGGACUAGCAGCUAAACUAAUGGAACUGCUGGAGGAAAUAUCUGAAAGAAAAGGUGGAUUUUUUGUGGAUCUAUUUGUACGAGUAUCCAAUCAAGUGGCAGUAAACAUGUACAAACAACUUGGCUAUAGUGUUUACCGGACUGUGAUAGAGUAUUACUCAGCUAGCAAUGGAGAACCAGAUGAAGACGCUUAUGAUAUGAGAAAAGCCUUAUCAAGAGAUACAGAGAAGAAAUCAAUAAUACCCCUUCCUCAUCCAGUUAGACCUGAAGAUAUUGAAUAACUUUAAGCUGUGGUUGUUGGGCAAUGUAUAAACCAAAAGUUAUAUAUACUUUUAUUGUUUUAACGAGAGAAUGCUGACAAAUGUUUCAAGAUACUGAAUAUUUUAUUAAAGAGCAUUUGCUAUUUGACUGUAAAUAGUGCUGACAGUUUCAAUACUUUGACUAAACGUUGUUAUAUUUUAAAGAGAAAUUUGAGACCGGUAUCUCACAUUUGGUUUAUAGCCCAAGAGCCACAGCUUUAUCAGGAAACAUUUGAGUUAGUGUAUUUUUUUCCUUUAAAAAGCCCUUUAAAUACAUUAAGAAUGGAUGCAAAGAAAUCUUGUGUGUACUUCAUGAAUGUUUGUGUAACAUUUAAAUUGUCAAUUUUGUGAUAUGCAGAAUAUGUUUGAAUACUAUUGGCAGCUCGUUUAAAGUCUCAGUACUUCCGGGAAAAGUACCCGAGUUGUCUGUUGGGAAUGUUAACAGUGGAGCUUAGUUUUAAACACCGGUGUUACAUGAAAACACUGUGUAUAAUGUAAUUACAUUGUUUUUUGUCAACAGGAAAGGUAUUCUCUGAAGAACUUGUACUGAUAAUGUUGGCACUUUACACUCUCAAAGCUUCAAGUUCUUUUAUGGACUUAUGGAUUUACUUUAUUUUUUCUGCUAUUAACUAGACAGCGCAGCAGUCUGUCUAACAGAAGGUAGCAAUUGAAUUUUCAUUUGCUAUAUUCCAGCUUACAACUGGGAUGAGAGGGGUGGGGCAAGGGAAGAUGAGAGACACCUUCUGACAUGUAACAGUGUGAGGAAUAGGUUGGGAGGGUGUCACAAGAUCGCUUGUUUGAACCAAAUAAGGGUUUCUUUAAAAGAUUCAUAAUUGUUCAGUUUUAUUGUAAAACAUGGUGCUGUAAUCAAUUGUCAAAAUAAAUGUUUACCUUAAAA